AUGACGCUCAUUGGCGAGAAAGCAAAGCGAAAACUGGAAAAAGUCAGGCAAAAAGUAGAGGCGAAAAGAAUCGAGGAAAAAAAGUUGAAAGCAGUGGAAGAUAACGUCAAUGAUCCAACUAAGGCGGAUCAACUUCCUUCUGAGUUUAAUCUUCCCGUGCGAGUCAAUCCUGGUCAAAAGAAGCUGAUUAAGUCGGUGGGAGAACUGAUCGAUUCCGGAAAACUGUUGAAGGGGCAGAGAAUGUUGCGCAAGGCUCUGGCGGCGUGGAAAAAGUGCACAUUCAGAAUCGGCAUCGUUGGAAAUGCUGGCACCGGAAAAUCAUCUCUCGCUGCUCAAAUCAUCGGCAAUGAAUAUUCAAAAGAAUCGAAGCUUCAAGAAGGAACAAUUCAAAAGACCAUCUUCACUAGUAGUGUUAAUCAAAACGUCCAGUGUAUCGAACUUUUGCUGUUGGAGAAUCAGAAAGAUCGCGAAAAGUUGUCAAAUAUUGUCCUCGCUGAGAACAUCGACGUUUUCGUUCUCGUCACGGAUAGCUGGUUCACCGAAGUCUACAUUUGGUUUGCAAGUUGGCUCCGCCGCCGCGGGAAAGAAUUUAUCCUCGUUCGCACCAAAAUCGACAUCGCUGUCGAGCGCCAGAGCAAAGACGAGAAUGUCGUGUUGAAAAUAAAGGAAUCGUGCAUCAGCGGACUCAAGUCGAAUCUGUCCAUCGUCAGGCCUGUCCAUGCGAUUUCGACCAAAUUCCCAUCAAACUGGAAUGCCAGCACUUUUGCAACAGAUCUUAUUCAGGCAAGAAUAAAGACAAGUUCUACGAAAAAAGGGUCCAAGAAAAAAAAGUCGUCGAAGAAAUCGGAAAAGUCGAGUACGAUUGCGCUCAGUCUCUUUCCCAUGAGUAUAGCCAUGCUGCGGUUUAAAUACGAAUUGAUGUUAGACCGCAUCUGGAUUGUCUCUGCAAUGGCGACCACAUCCGGGGUGUUGUCAACGGACGAGUACGCAAUUGUUGCAGAUUUAGAACUGAUCAAGACGGAGAUACAGUUCUACUUUGAUCAGUUCGGCCUCACCGAGCAAAACAUCAAGAAAGUGCGCAAGGACGACAACUUUCUCUCCGUCUGGAAACUGAUCAAAAGCGGCGACGGAGUGAAAUCACUUCUCAAGCAAGCCAGCGUCCAGCAAAAAGAAGAACAGUUCGCCAAGCUUCUCAAAUUGCUGCCAGUCAUAGGGGGAAACGUAUCCUUCGCCACAGUUUCCUCCACACUGAGUUUCCUGCUGAUGGAGCUUUUCCAACUUGCUCAGCAGGUUCUCGAUCAGCAAGCUGUUUUACCUGGCCAAAUUGUACCAAACAGAUCGCAAGCGAAGAUUCUUGAGCCCGCUGUUAAAAAAACCCUUCAUGUUGACCUGUGA